UCCCCAAAUUGAUCACCCAAUUCUCUUCCUGAAAAUGGUAUAGCUGCCCUAAUCAACUUGCUUAUAUAAAACUAAAAUGGGUUCCCAGAAUUAUUGAGUCCCACAUCUUAACAUGAAGUGAUUGAAAAGGAAGCACCAUCGUCAUCCUUCAUUUUAGGUUCUGCAUGAAAGGUUUUCUCAUAGAAGAAGAUGUGGCGAGCAUGAUAUCAUAUGCCAGAACAAAAACAGAAGAGUUGGAUUCAUGCAGCAGCAGUACCCACUGGCAGCCAAACAAGUUGCGCAGAAUACAGCACAUUAGUGCAGCCUCCCCACCAAAAUUCAAAGGCGUGGUGAUGCUGCACAAUGGGAAUUGGGGUGCACAAAUUUACAGCAACCACCAGCGGAUCUGGCUUGGAACAUUCAAAUCAGAUAAGGAAGCUGCUAUCGCAUAUGACAGUGCAGCCAUCAAGUUUAGAAGCGAAGAUUUGCAUCGAAACUUCCCAUGGAAUAGUUUGAGUGCUCAAGAGCCAAUUUUCCAAAGCCACCUUACAGCAGAAGAAGUCAUAAACAUGAUCAAAGAUGGAACUUACCAAUCCAGGUUUGAGGAGUAUUUGAGGAACCAACCUUACAUAAAUAGCAAAGUAGAGCUCAGCCUAGCCACUGCUGGGCAUGUGAGUGAAGCCAAGGAAGGAGGGUCCUCAUGCCAACAACUAUUCCAGAAGGAGCUCACUCUUAGUGAUGUAGGGAAACUCAACAGACUUGUGAUUCCAAAGAAAUAUGCUGUGAGAUAUUUUCCUCAGCUCUCUGACGGGGAAGACAGCAUGCAAGUAGUUGUCUUCGACAAACAAAUGAAGCCAUGGACAUUUCGCUAUUGCUAUUGGAAGAGUAGUCAGAGCUUUGUUUUCACCAAAGGAUGGAACAGAUUUGUCAAGGAAAAACAGCUGAGGGAAAAAGAUGUGAUUACUUUCUACAAGCGUGAUAGUAGAAGAGCCAUGAAAGAAGGAAGGUCGUUCCUAAUGAUCGAUCACGAAGAAGAAAAUAAUUUCUGUUUUGUUAAGGGGUUGGAAGAGUUGGAAACACGAAAGGCAUCUCUGAUGGUCAAUGAAGGAAUUAGGCUUUUUGGUGUACAAAUUGGGUGAUGCAACUUAGGGGACUGUUUGCGCUCAAUUUGAGAAGUGAUUCGGAUAAUAUUAAUUUCAAGCUAAUUAUUGGAAUACCAUGACUUGUUUAGGUCUCGCGUGUAGAAAUACCAAUAUUUCUUUCUAUUUAAUAAAGUAUGACAAGUCUUAGAACUGAUUUAGUUAUUGUUUCUAGAGGAACAUUAAUAAUGACUUUCAAUAUUUUUCUCUAAUAAAUAUGUCAUUGCAGCCUUUUACCA